GUUUAUGGUUUGUACUAUUUGUGGAACAUUAUAAAGGGAAGCAUUUGAGAAUACUGGAUCAACGAAUGGUGGAGUCUCAACCUUACUUCCGUAGACUGAAGAUUCAGCUGAGCGGCACUGUUUGAGAAGAUUUCAAGAUGUUUUUGUCUCUGGCUUUCAUCAUCUCUCUUUUGGCUGGCAUUAUUCCAGCUGCCCACGGUGGGAAAGUUCUUGUAUUUCCACAUGACGGCAGCCACUGGGUGAACAUGAGGGUGCUUGUUGAGGAGCUGCAUUCAAGGGGGCACACCGUGACUGUUAUCCGAGCUGCAGACAGCUGGUACAUCAGUGAAACGUCUCCGCAUUACAACACUGUCACAGUGGAUAUUGCCGGUGGUGGAAAUGAGGAUUUUUUCCGUCUCUUUGUCUCUGAAGUUAUUAAGAUUAAACGAAGCAAGGCGUCAGCGUGGACCCGUUUUGCUUUAGACAUGGAGUUAAAGGACAAGUUCUUUGAAUUACACAAGAAAGUCUGUGAAGUGGUCACGUACAUAUUUGAAAAUAAAGAGUUGAUAAAGUCCUUGCAAGAUGCCAAGUAUGAUGCGGUUUUGACGGAUCCUGCAAACGGAGGAGGAGUGAUGCUGGCUCACUAUCUCGGACUGCCGUUGAUGUUUAAUGCUCGAUGGACUGUUCAUGGCGAAGCCCAUUUUGCUAUUGCACCCUCUCCCCUUUCCUACGUCCCACUCCCACCUUCAGAAUUAACAGAUCAAAUGACUUUCGUUGAGAGGGUGAAAAACGUUGUUUUUUACACCAUGAGGUUGCAUUUGUACAAGCAGAUAGUUGGCCCACAUUAUUCUGCAUUAUCCGCGCGCUACUUUGGUCCUGAUGUAGAGUACUUCUCCCUAUUUCAAGCAGCAGACCUGUGGCUCAUGAGAGUGGACUUUGUGUUUGAGUUCCCUCGGCCCACCAUGCCUAAUGUUGUCUAUAUGGGAGGGUUCCAGUGCAAACCAGCACAACCUCUACCUGAACACUUGGAGGAGUUUGUGCAGAGCUCUGGAGAGCACGGGGUCAUCAUCAUGUCUCUGGGGACUUUGAUUGGAGAGCUUCCCCGUGACCUAGCUGAUGAGAUUGCUGCAGCUUUUGCUAAAUUACCUCAAAAAGUAAUCUGGAGAUAUAAAGGUGACAGACCAGCCACUCUGGGUAACAAUACAUUGCUAGUCGACUGGAUGCCGCAGAAUGACCUCCUGGGACAUACACAUAUGAAACUAUUCGUAAGUCAUGGAGGAACAAAUGGAAUAUAUGAGGCCAUAUAUCAUGGAGUUCCAAUUGUAGGCAUUCCCAUUGUGUUUGAUCAAGCCGACAACCUCUCCAGGCUGAGAGCAAAGGGCGUUGCUGAGGUUAUGGAUGUUUCUGAGUUGGACAGGAAAACAUUUUGGAAUGCCAUUCAGGAUGUCUUGAACGAGCCGUCCUACAGGAUGAACAUGCAGAGGCUCUCCAGGCUGCACAGAGAUCAGCCAAUGAAGCCGCUGGAUACGGCCCUCUUCUGGAUAGAGUUUGUCAUGAGACACAAAGGUGCAGCUCACCUGAGAACUGAGUCCUACAGGAUGCCCUGGUACUCCUACCACUCUGUCGAUGUGGCGCUCUUCUUACUAACGAUUGCAUUGGUUGUUUUGUUAAUUGUUAUUGGGUUAGUGUGGUCAUGCUUUAGAUUGUGUUGUAAAAGUAAAGUCAAAUCUGAUAAAACAGUGAAGAAGGAAUGAUCAUUUACAAAUUAGUUAAUAUUUUUGCUAUGUGACAGCCCAUCUAGCUGUGAUCAGUUGAAUAUUAAAAGGACUAGAGGUGUUACCUGAAAUGUUACUCAAUGUUUUCUAGAAAAAAAGUGUACAGUGAAAUAACCAGUUUGACGGGCUUUGUGCAAGGGCAGUCUGAUUUGCUUAUGAGUGCAAGAAACAGUGUAACAUUUACUUUUCUGAGAACCCACAGCAAAUACAAAGUACCAUUACACUAGUACAGUGACUUCUUCUAUACUCUGUUUGACUGUGUACUACGUUAUGCUAAAAUCACAUUGUUAAAGGAGGGAUUCUGAAAAUAACAUUUGACAUUGUGAAUAAAACAAGUGGACUGUAAGUUAAA